AUGGCUCCUGGAAAUCUCACCCAGUUGACUGAGUUCAUUCUCAUAGGAGUCUCAGAUCUUCCAGAGCUGCAGAUUCCUCUCUUCCUUGUCUUCCUGCUCAUCUAUGGGCUGACAGUCAUGGGGAACCUGGGCAUCAUCAUCCUCACCAGUGUUGAUUCUCGACUUCAAACCCCCAUGUACUUUUUCCUCCGACAUCUGGCUAUUAUAAAUUUUAGCAACUCUACCAUCAUUGCUCCUAAAAUGCUGGUAAAUUUUUUGAGAAGUGAGAAAACCUCUUCAUUCUUUGAAUGUGCCACCCAACUGGGAGGAUUCCUGGUUUUCAUCGUAGCCGAGGUGCUCAUGCUGGCGGUGAUGGCCUAUGACCGCUAUGUGGCCAUUUGCAACCCCCUGCUCUACAUGGUGGUGGUAUCUAAGAGGAUCUGCCUGCUGCUGGUGUCCCUCACCUACUUCUAUGGCUUUUGUACAGCUAUUGUGGUGACACCUUGUGUGUUUUCUGUGUAUUAUUGCUCUUCCAAUGUCAUCAAUCAUUUUUAUUGUGAUAUUAUGCCUCUGUUAACAUUGUCUUGCUCUGAUACUUACAUUCCAGAAACAGUAGUCUUUAUAUCUGCAGCUUCAAAUAUUGUUUUUUCUAUGACUGUAGUUCUAGUAUCUUAUUUCAACAUUGUUUGGUCUAUUCUAAGGAUGCGUUCAUCAGAGGGAAGGAAAAAAGCCUUUUCCACCUGUGCUUCACAUAUGAUGGCAUUAGAACAGAAUGUUGAUACUCCUGGGAUAAUCUAA